UGGGAUGUCCCGGUAUCCACUUUUUAAAGUCGAACAAGCUGGAAACAGCGACUAGAAGCGGGGCACUGAAAGACGCGUGAGACUUUCACUCUGCAUCUUUUCUGUUUAUGCAUAAUGGAAUCGCCCCCUAAGAAAAAGCUCCCAUUCAAGCGCACGGUUAGGCGUAAAUCAAGCGAAGUACCCAAUGAUGAUGCCCUUUCUCUCUUCAGUCGGUCAGGUGACUUCUUUGAAGAGCACCAAAGAUUAUUGAAAGAAAAGGCUGAAAAGGAAAAGGCCGAGAAGGAGAAGGCUGAGAAGGCUGCUAAAGAGGCUAGGGAAGCUAAGGAGGCGAAGGCCAAACAGCAGCGCAAAGAGCGACUAGCCCGGGAAUCUGAAAUCGAACGGAUUGACCUACUGGAUGAAAAACCUAUUCGUGAGCCAGGUUCCGCGAAGAAGCGACGUCACAUUUCGAUCGCCCACGAAGAUGAGGAUGACAAUACCUCCGACCGCGAAUACAAGCCCUCAAAAAAGCAAAGGUCGCCUUCCUUACCUCCCACACCAACUUCUAAACGCAAAAGCUCCUUCGCCAGUCCACGUACAGGAGGCCGCUUCACACGCGCCCAAGCACGUACCUCCGUCAUCUCUUUAGAUGACGACGACGAUGAUCCCUUUGUGCCAAAAUCUCCACUUGAGCCUCCCCCAGCCAAAGGUACAGAUUCAAAGAAAUCUAUUAAGUUAGAGUCAAAACAAGAUGUGGUUGCUUUGGACGAUGACAGUGAUACUCAAGCUGGCGCAGGCGAAGAGCCAAAGGAGGAUGAGGAGGAGGAUCCUUCGGAGUACUACAUCAGACUUGCCAGGGAACGAGCAGAAAAAGAAAAGGCGGAACGCGAAGCUAGAGAAAAACGAGGGGAUAGUACAGCUGCUGAUGAAGACGAUCCUGUCAUACAGAUCCUCGUCCAUUCACAUAUGCGGGGCAUUAUUCCUCUACUCUUCCGUCGUAGACUAUCUCAGAAACUCAACGUGGUUUAUCAGACCUGGGUUGAACAGCAAAUAGUUAAGAACAGCAAUGUGCCGCGUCCGGUUUUGGAGUCUAUGUUCUUCACCUGGAAAGGAAAUAAAGUGUAUCCACACACAACUCUGAAGACAUUAGGCAUUAAGCCAGAGCGAGACGGCGGACUCUAUCCAGACUGGAAGUCGGACCAGGAGGGGUAUCAAGGACGUGAGAAAGUGCUCUUUGAGGCAUGGACACAACAACUGUACGAUGGAUAUCUGGAAGAGAAGGAGAGGCAACGGUUACAGCACCUCAACGAGUUGGAAGGGGUGUAUGAAGGAAGUCAAGAACCGGAGCCGCCUCAAAACUCACAAGAAGAGAAGAAAAUCCGCGUACAUUUCAAGGCAAAAGAUGUACCUCCUACGAAGGUAACGGUGCGUCCUAGUACUACGGCCGCCCAACUCGUAAAGGCGUAUCGGCGACUCGCAAGUAUUCCGGAAGAUAAGACCAUCGAGCUCCAUUGGGAUGGCGAGGCUCUGGAUGACGAAACAACCGUGGAACAGGCAGACAUCGAAGAUAUGGACUCGUUGGAAGUCCAUAUCAAGUGAGGGAUGGGACGGAGUAUCUUUUCAAGGUAUUGGGAAUUAGCGUUUGUACUACGGAAAAUAUCUUAAGUCACUACUAGGAGCAUAUUGGACAUGGGAGAAAGGCAGGAAAAAUACACCGGGCGACAAAAGGACGAGUCUCAUGAAAUAUCCUUUCUUAUAUACUUCAUGAUACCCUUAAGUUGUCUAAUGACUUAAUGGUGCUCAGAAGAGACUUCUCACGUCUCGUAAUCUAUCA